UCUAUAACUUGGCUUACAUGCAAUACAUUUGUUUUUAUUGUAGUGAAGAUAUUCAUUAUGUUUCAGAAGUUAAUAUUAUGUUUUAUAGUCCUGCUAAUUGGUAAGGCAGCUUCUAGUGAUGAAACAGUGACUUUAGGCAGAGGAGAUUCAGGAAAACUGCUACAUCGAAUGGAAACGUUAGAAAAUUUAGUCCGUAGCCAACAAGAAAAAAUAGAGCAACUUGAAAGCGCUAUUGAGAAACAGAAAAAUAUCGGUGUUGUUCAUGGUGAAACACUUAUAAAACUAAAUAGCCAGUGCGUCACUGCGUCAGACAUGGAAAAUUACACACGUAGAGUUAGAAGACAAUCGUAUGACACAGUAGCGUUUUCGGCAACAUUAAAUAAACUUAAUGUAGGACAUAUUGGCGUUCAUCAAAACAUCGUCUUCUCUGACGUCAUCACGAACAUUGGCAAUGGUUAUAACAAUCACCAUGGUGUCUUCGUGGCACCAGUCAGUGGACUUUACAUGUUUUCUACUACACUAUUAUCCGGGAAAAAUGUAGAAUUUGCUGCAUCUAUCGAAAUUAAUGGAUCUGACGUAGUGAGGAUGUAUGAAAGAGGAACUGACAAUAGGCAUGGGUCCGCUACACAAAUAGUCAUUGUUCAUCUGAGUAAAGGUGAUGAUGUAUCUGUACAGAGUUUGUCAGCUGACCACACGUAUUGGGGUGACAAGUAUUGUAGUUUCUCCGGUGUCCUCCUGCAACAACUAGAAUCACCAUCUCAAAUUGUUGGUUGAAAACAUUGUCAUUAUUCCAAAUGAAAUAAAAUUAUGAACAU